AUGAAAAAUGCUUCUGGUUAUGGAUUUAAUAUUAAGCCUCUUCUAUUCGGCGGAUAUCUAAUGAUGGUAUAUAAAGAUGAUUUUAUUUAUGGCUAUAUUCUCGAUGAAAAUGGAGAUUUUUAUGCCAAUUGGUCAUUACCACAACCUUUAAAUAAUACCAUGUUUAAACUGAGUUCUACUAUGCUUGGGAAUAAUUCAAUUGUGAUAGUGGAAAAUCAAAAUAACUCAACUUGGAAAGUAACAUCUGAUAAUCUAUUUAAAUUUACUGGCAAAGAUAAUGAAUUCAAUAAUCCUAUCAUAACUUCAACGAAACCUACAUUAGGAUCACAAGUAAAAGAGUCAACAAAACAACUCCGUUUAUCAUUCACUUAUCCUGUAGUUCUUUCUAGUUCAAACAUUUCAAUAUAUCAAAAAACCAUUGGAGCUGAUAAUGACCUACUACGCCAACGAUUUCAAGGUGUUUCGUCAAAUCAACUUUGUCAUAUCGAUUCAAACGAUAAUAAAAGUGUUAUAAUACAAGUAUUUCCUAGUACUUUUAAUGAACCUAAUGGUCUUUAUUACGUGGUCGUGGAGAAUAAUUUUGUAAAGCGUAGUGAUUCAAAUGAAGCACUUUUGGGAAUUGACAAAAAUUUAUGGAUUCUGGUCAAUGGCCAGAUAACGGGCAUCAUCCGUCUAACACCAGAUGGUUCUAGUUAUUAUCUUUCCCUUAGCCCAGUUGAUCAACAAAAAUUCAACAAACAAAUGACUAUCGACCUUUCUUAUGUUAUUCCCGUUAAAGAUAAUAGAUUAACACCCAUAAACGGAUUCGAAAAAGAUACUUCUACAGGAACAUUGCAAAUUUUACUUUCUUUUAAUAUUAAGGAUACCUCAGAUUUGUCAAAGAAAAAAUUAUCCCAUGACUAUUGCACGUAA